UAAUUUCUUAAAAAAAAAGAGAAAAUAAUGAACAAGAGCAAUACAACCCAUCUCUCGUCUUCAAAGGCUACCCAAAAAACCCAGAAUUUUUAGAGCAGAGAGAAACGUUAACAAUGGAAUCAUACCAGCAGCCCCAGCCGCAUCACCAUUACAUGAGACCACCACAACCCCCUCAACCUCCACCAUCGAUGUCUGCCGAUCCUCAUUUCUCUCACCACCUACAACCGCCGCCGCCUCCUCCUCCGUCAAACUCGUGGUUUUCCGGCCAAUUUCAAUACCAACCUUCUCAUUCUCCUCCUCCUCCUCCUCCGCCGCCGCAACCUCAACCUCAACCUCAGCAGCAGAAUCAGUGGGGCCCAUCUCCCCCUCCUUAUCAUGCGCACCCUCACCAGCCUUAUCCUGCGCAACACUACCCUCCUCCUCCUCCUCCUCCUCCUCCUCCGCCUCGCCCUUCUCAACCUCCUCCCCCUCCUCCUACUUAUUCUCAUCAGGAUUGGACAAAUGCAAAUUGGAACCAUCAUGCAGGUUGGGAAUAUCCAGCCCAUGGCAAUGAAGAAGACUGGGCUGCCAAAGCAAGGGCGUGGGCUUCUGCCAGAUCUGAAAGGGAAGAUCAGUACCCACAGUUGCAGUUUACGUCAGUGGCACGUCAAGAUGAGCCACCCCAAUAUGCAAACCAAUACGCGGCGGAGCCUCAUUAUCAAGACAUUCAGCAAACUUCAAUGCCUACAACUGGUUUUCAGAAUUAUCAAGGACCUGUUGCACCUUUAAAUAGGCCACCAAUGGUCCAUCAGCAGGAGCCUGCACCCAUCAACUCAUAUGCUUCAGAUGCAUAUUUUUCAUUUGCUGCUAAGGAUGGAGCUCUUGGUGGAGACAUGAGCUCUAUGUUUCCUGGCCAGCAAGGCCCAGCAAGUUCUGUAGUUCAUCAGCCGGAGGUACCUUCUAGUUAUUCUUCUGUUCCAGGUAAGGAGGAUGGCUCACAGAAGCAUCAAACAUUGCUACCUGCUGAUGUUAGGUCAGUACCAGCCGAUCAUGCUCACUUUGCAUAUGGAAACCAUUCAGUGGAUCCGAUGGAUCAACCUCUUAAUUUUGCAUCAAGACUCAGUCAUGAAAAUGACCCCAAGAUGAAGUCCGGCUAUCCUGAUUCGCCAGGACCAGUAAGAGCAAACGACGCUGUUUCCACUGUGUCUUCUUUGCAUGCUUGGACAACUCCAGCUGCACCUGGUGCACCUUAUCCACCUGCAUUUCCAUUAGCCUCACAGCAUGAUCCAUCUAUAGAUGUACCUCCAUUUCCGGGACAACCUGCCCCAUUAUUUGGAAGAGGCCCAAGCUUUCAGUCUGGAGUUCCAGCACCUGGUGGUUUGGGUGCAGGGAGUUCUCAUCAUCCAACUGCAGCUUUUCCUGCUGAUGCAUACGGAUCUUCUUUGGGCUCUGAACGUCCUAAGAAGGCUGCAGUUCCUAAUUGGCUAAGAGAGGAGAUAAUUAAGAAUAAAACUACAAUUCCAACUUCGGCACCAGGGCCCUUUAAAGAUGGAAGUCAAUCAAAUGAAGAUGAAAUAAUUAGCAAGUUCAAUGCAAAGGGUGAUCAGGCAGACAGCAAAAGCAUGGAUUCAGCCAGGUCAACUGAAGAAGAGGAUGAUGAUGAUGAUGAUGACUAUGAAGAAGCACAGAAAACUGUGGCUAUAAAUCAGGAAAUUAAGCGUGUUUUGACAGAAGUUCUCCUGAAGGUGACAGAUGAGCUUUUUGAAGACAUUGCCACACAAGUACUGAAUGAAGAUGAUCCUACUGUUGGCGCUGAGGUUAAUCCUGCGAACAAUAGCUCCGUUCAUGAGGCAUCACCACCAUCUCUACCAGCUGCGGCUCCUAAAGCUACUGCAAAGGUUCUCAUUCCAAUUAAAGCAAAGGAAUCUGAGGGACAUGCUAGUAGAGAAUCCAAUUCUGGUACACAUGGAAAUGUUUUAGGUCUUGCAAAUUAUGACUCUGAUGAUGACGAUGAAGUCCAGACUCCAAUUGUUUCCAGUUCUGGUGCUGGUGAAAAUGGUCAUCAACAGUUAGAAGCUGAAGAUUCUAGGAAAAAUGUGGUAGCUGCUGAAGGUGAUCGUAGAAAUGGAAGUUCAGUUGGGGCUGAAAGCAGCCUAAACCGUGAUCCUCCAGCUUUCAAUGAGCAUGGGACUGUUAAGGAUUUGGAUGAUGAGGCUCAUCAAACCUCUUUUAGAAGCUCCAUGUCUCUGGAUAAGAAAGGUGAUGAUGUUAAUGGUGAAUCUAUUGUUAAGUCAACAGAUAAUGGUCGUAAGUCAAGUUUUAGUAGGCCUGAUAUUGCCAACGAGGAAGAAAAUUCAAGAAAGUCAGCCAAAGAUGAUUCUCAGGAAAAAGAGGCUAAAAGACGUGACAGACAUGAAAGUAAGAGAAGUUCAUCCGGUAGGGACAAUCGCAAGGGGUUAGAGAGUGGUAAGGAAAGGGAAUCUGAGAGGGAGGAGACUCAUAUUAGACAAGAUGAGAAGCGUCAAAAAAAGGAUAAAACGGAGGAUUAUAAUACCUCUAGAGAGAAGGUGAAGGAGCAAGAUGAUAAACGCGAGGAGAAAGUAAAGGGAUCUGAUUCUCGAAAAAAGUCUUCUCAUCCUGAAGAUAAGGAUGGCAAAAGAGAUCGGGAGAAAGACAAGAAAAGAAGCAGUAAAGAUGACACAGAUAAGAAAAGAGAGAGAACAAAGGAUGCAAAAAGUGACAAAUCAAGACACAAAUCAAGUGAUGCAAGUAGACACAGACGGCGACGUUCCUCCUCAGUUGGAAGAAAGGGUAGAAAAAUUGAGGAAAGCACGGAUGGCUCAGAUGAAGAAGCCUCUGAUGACUCUAAAAGGAAGGUUCAUUCAAAAAGGCGUAAUAUGUCCCCCUCCCCUGUCAGGUCUAGGCCAAGACGAGUUUCGCGGUCUCCUCAUAGCAAGCAUUCACAGCGCAGGCAUUCUCCUUACUCUUCUCUUGACGAUAGCAGGAGUAGGAGGUCAAGGUCGAGGUCCCGAUCACCAGUUCAUCGACGUAGAUGAGCAAAUCAACAGUGAUGAAGAUCGGUUGCUGUUUCAUCUGUCCGGAUUCUGGCAGGUUCCAAUAUGCUGUGUCAUGCAGGAUGAACGUGUAUUUGCAGUACUAAAUACUAGCCAGUGUUCUCGAAUUCUUCAAGCUUUUGGUUACUGCUGAAAUCUACAUGCCGAGCAGUGAGAUGUCCAGGAUACAUUCUUCGUUUGCGUAUGUCUGUCGAUAUCAGUUUUCCGAGUAGCUACAGAGACAAGAGGUUGUUGUAGCUACAGAUUUCAGAUUGAUCAAUAGGUAUUGGUGUGUUUCUCCAUGUGCCUUUAGGUUGUAUUUUCUUAAAUAUUGCAACCAAUAGGCAUUUUUGCCUUUUUCUGUUUAUUUUGGGAUUUUAAUUCUAUUAGUAAGUUGUAUGUUGUACUAGUUUUUGACUUGUGUUUCAUUAUAGUAAGGAAAAAUUACACAAGCUACCUAAUUUAUAG